AUGGCCUCAGCAUACAGCGUAAAGCAAAUCGACGACUACCUCAAAUACAUCGGCAUUGACCAUAAAUACCAUCGGAAAGCCAACCCCUCGAAGGACUUAGCUUUUCUUUCUGCCCUUCAUGCUCUCCAGAUCACCACUAUUCCCUACGAGAACCUAAUUCUCCAUUACUCGCUAGAGCAUAAAGUCUCUCUGGACCCUCAGACGAUCUACAAGAAGUUCACUACCAAUGGACGCGGUGGCUACUGCAUGGAGAAUAGCAUCUUCUUCAAUCACAUUCUGCGCGGUCUUGGCUUCAAUGCUUACACGGCUGGGGUCAGGAUUAGGCCUCGGAUUGAGGGCGUGCCGCAGGGCGAUUAUAUCGGAUGGGUUCAUGUCGUCAACAUCGUUACUCUUGAAGACGGCAGCAAGUACAUGGUCGACGUAGGGUUCGGCGGAGACGGAGCGACCAAACCCCUCCCUCUAACACCAGGCAUUGCCGUUCUCAACAUCGGUACCCAGGAAAUCCGCCUCGUCCACGAGCCUCUCCCUACUCAGGCCCUCACGUCACAGAAAUUCUGGAUAUAUCAGUACCGUAACUCGCCGACUAAGCCUUGGAACUCCUUCUAUGCGUUCCCGGAGCUUGAAUUCCUUCAUGCCGACUUCGAGAUCAUGAACUAUUAUACCGGUACAAAUCCAGAAAGCUUUCAGACGUUUACAGUGCUGGUGGUCAAGUUCUUGAGGGAUGAAGAGAGGGGUGUUUAUGGCAAGGUUAUGCUGGUUAAUGGAGAGGUGAAGAGGAAUUUAGGCGGGAGGACAGAAGUCGUGAAGAUCUGCAAGACGGAGGAGGAGAGGAUUGAGGCCUUGGAGGAGUGGUUUGGAAUUACAUUGAGAGCGGAGGAGAUGGACGGGAUCAAGGGGAUGUCGACGGAGCUGUCGGCGAGGAAAGUUGGCUGA